AUGCCGAAACUUACGAUGAUAUCAUCUUUUUUUGCAGUGAUUGCAAAUGGACUUUGUAAGCAGCUGUGUGUGAGAAUGUUUCCGCAGCUCUCCAGUGUUGCUCAUGUGAUUGAAACUAGUUGCUGCUGCUGCAAAGCAAAAAAAUCGGUUGAUGUUGAAUCUAGCAAUCUCAUGGAAUGGGAAGCUCUUGAGAGGGACCACAGGGGCCUAGGCUCCUCUAUUUCGAGCUCUUACAGGGUUUGCAUUAACACUGAUCGCUAUCCAUUUGAAAGCAUUGCAAAUACUUUAGAACCAAGGGACAGAUUACUACGGAGAUUCUCAUACUGGUCAACUAAAGGACACCGUGAUCCUGCUGCACCUGAGACACUAAUAUACAAAUUAAGUGCUGAUCUUUGUGUGAUUACUCAAAUAAAUAUACGGCCCUUCCGAGAUAAUGGUUGUGAGUUUUCUAAUUAUUUUGAACUCUUCUAG